AUGCCUGCUACUUUAACGCAUGUUAGAAAUAGGCACAUUAAACGUGGGAUUGGACCACCACCAAAUGGAGUUCUAAAUUGCACCCAAAUCAACAGAACAUCAAUUCCAUUGUCGUCCAGCGAAAGAAGCAUGGUUCAAAAGCCUAUUAACGUGAAUUCUAGCGACUCAGAAGAUGAUAACAAAGCCCAAGACAAGGAAGAAGAAUUGGAUCUUCCUUUGGCGAAUCUGAACCUUGGACCGAGAAAGAAGUUGCCUGGUGAGCUUUGUGGGUACCUAGAAGGGGUUGGUGAGGGGAUUGAUGUUGAGUCAUAUGUGAAGGAUCAUCCAUUUGGGCAACCCUGCAAUCACAUUCCUCAUCCUGUUUGGACAUUUUACUCCCAAGUGAAACAAUGUCUUGGAAAAAAGGGAAACCGAAGAACAAUGUUUUUGUAUUCUUAA